AUGCCACCUAAAAAGAAGGGAGCUAAAAAAGGAGCUAAAGGUCAAGCCGAUGAGGAUGAAUAUCUAGAAGUACCUUAAACAGAAUCUCAACCUCCAGUUUAAUAGCCCUUAGUAUAGGAAUAAGUGUAAUAGCAGCAGCCUGUAUAAGCCUAGAAUUUGAUUCAGCAAUAAUCUCAAGCUCCAGCAUAAACAACAACCUAAGCCAGUUCAGCCUAAAGAGUGAUUUCGAACCUAGAUUCAUCUAAUAGUGGCCAAGUUCAAGUUGUUUAGAGAGUAGUUAACCUUGCCUCUGAUUCAGCCAAAGGAUAAUAAGGCCAUGGUGAAAUUAGAAUUGACUCUACUGCAGAUCUUUCACUUAAAGAGAAAAAGGAGUUAAGAAAGCAGAGAUUUACUCUUCUUGGAUCUAAUCCAAAUGUGACUACUGUAGAUGCUUUGCAAAAACUUCAAGAGGAAAGGGAAAAGAAGUUGCAAAGAGCUUAGAAGUUCGGCAUAGUUACAAAAGAGGUUGAAGAUCUCAAGAGAUAAGAAAGGGCUUUGAAGUUCGGACUCGGAGGGCAAGGUGCUAAUGCAGCUGUAAACCAACUUAGCAAGAGUGAGUAAGAGCUUAAGAGAUAAGAGAGAGCUAUUAGAUUCGGAAACCCAGCUGGAGGAUCUAGUAACGAAGAGGAGGAAAAAAGAAGGAAAAGACUUGAAAGAUUUGGUUAACAAAAUACAGAGGAAGUUGGCAAUAGAAUAGUCAAGAGGCUAAAGCAGUGA